AUGGCAGAAUCGUCGGGGAGUCAUCUCUCUGAACCCGUAGUGAGGAGGAAAAAAAGCAUAUCCAUACAGGAAAAAAUUGACAUCAUAAGUGCUGUGGAGAGUGGCAAGAAAAAGGCAGAUAUCGCAGCCAAGUAUGGCAUAAAGAGGAAUUCUUUGUCUUCAAUUAUGAAGAAUAAAGAAAAAGUUUUGGAAGCCUUUGAAUCUUUACGGUUUGAUCCUAAGAGAAAAAGAUUAAGGACUGCUUUUUAUACCGACCUGGAGGAGGCAUUAGUGAAGUGGUACAGAAUUGCUCAGUGCUUGAAUGUGCCAGUAAACGGUCCCAUGUUGCGCCUCAAGGCUAAUGAUUUUGCCCAGAAGCUUGGACACAGUGAUUUUAAAUGCAGUAAUGGCUGGCUCGAUCGUUUCAAGUCAAGGUAUGGUUUAGUUUUCAGAGCUCAGCUUGUAGAAACAGCUCCUACUGCUACAGUGGAUGCUCCAAAUCUUUGGUACCAAAAUGUUCUUCCAUAUUAUGAAAAUGAUUAUCAGCCAAAAAGUGUGUUUUGUAUACAGGAGACUGGAUUGUUGUAUCAGAUGUUACCACAUAACACGUUUGCAUUUAAAGGGGAAACUUGUUCUGUAGGUAACCUAAGCAAAGAGAGAAUAACUGUAGUGACGGGUACCAAUAUGGAUGGCUCUGAGAAACUUCCUUUGCUUGUCAUAGGAAAGAUCAAAAGUUCACAGUUUCUCAAAGAUGUGAAGUCACUACCUGUAGACUAUGAAGCAAAUGAUACAGCAUUGAUGACUUCAGAAGUAUUUGAACAGUGGAUGCGUAAACUCGAUGACAGAUUUCAAGCACAGCAUCGACAAGUAGUUAUUUUUGUUGAUUCUUUCUCUGCACACACAGCAGUGAAGAACCUGAAGUCUGUUGAAUUAGUGUUCUCUCCUUCAGACUCUUCAUGCAUAGCUACAAAACAAGGGGUCAUCAGAAGUCUGAAGGUUAAAUACAGGCACUGUCUUAUCAAGAGAUUCAUUGACUGUGUAAAAGGUAAUAAAGAGUUUAUGCUGACUCUUCUUGAUGCAAUUGAGAUGCUGAACCUGUGCUGGAGGAAAAUAACACCAGAGACUAUUGUAAAAAGCUAUGGUGAAGCAGGAUUCAAAUUAGAAACCAACACAAAUGGUAAUGACACAGAGACUGAAAGCGAUUUUGAUUUGAUUGCACAUGCACAGGCAGCUGGAGUGGAGUUUCCAGAAGGUUUAUCUUUUGAAGAAUACACAGCUUUAGAUGACGACUUGAUAACUUGCAAAAUGCCAGCAAAUAAUGAAACAAUGUGCAUCAAAGAAAGCGUAGUGGAUAAUGCUGAGAUAUUUGUGGGUGAUGAAGAAGAGGAUGAAGAUGCUCAAUUUCAAGUUGCUGAACAGCCUUCACCAUCAAAAAAUGAGGCUUUGAGUGCUUUAGAUACUCUUAGAAAGUUUCUCAGAAGUCAAGACGCAAAUGAUUCUCUUCAUGAUUCCCUAUCUGACCUGGAGAACUUUAUUGAAAAUGUAGCAUGUAAAUAG